AUGCAACGCGUCCAAACGCAAGUCCGCGCGGCUCUGCCGCUGCUCGAGGAGAUUAAAGCCAACGUGACGAUUAGGACUAAGUAUACGGAGAUUAUAAUGAAGGAAUGCGCGGAUCAGGCGGGAAUCGCGCUGUACCACUUGGGACUGGCGGCCGACCGGCUCUCCUCGGAAUCAGCGCGCGGCGCGCGCCCCUGGCGGCGGAACUGCUGGCGGAACUGGCGGCGGCGCUGGUGGCAGCGGAAUGGUGGACGUACCGUACUGGCUGGCGGCGGCGCAGCGCCAGAUGCGCAACUGCAUGAGCGCACUCAAUUACUUCACCCCGCCGUCGCUGCAGUCCCCAGCUGGAGUAGCCCUCACAGUGAGUUAGAGGCUCACAGUGAUGCAGGGGCAGGGCACUGCUCCUUCUGCCUUUUCCCUCCCCUCGCCUGCUCACAUCCGAGGGCACAGCUCCUUCUGCCUUUUCCCUCCCCGCACAACACCUUCCCUUGUGCCCUCCCCUCCCCUUCUGCCCCCCCUCCCCUUGUGCCCUCCCUGCCCUUGUGCCCUCGCUCCCCUUGUGCACUCCGCUCCAUUUGUGCCCUUCCCUCUCCUCCUUCACAGAAUGUAACCGAUCAGUGCGAGUCACUUCUUGAGACUGCCGUGGCUCUUUUAAGUCCACUCGCUACACCUCCCCCUUGUGCCCGCCCCUACCCUUGUGCCCGCCCCUACCCUUGUGCCCGCCCCUUCCCUUUUGCCCUCCCCUCCCCUCGUCCGCAGAAUGUAACCGAUCAGUGCGAGUCCCUCCUCGAAACCGCAGUGGCUUUGGCCUCUGCUGACGUGCCACUCCUGGAUCCUGCCACGUGUCAGCAGCAGCAACAAUCCCUCGCGCAGCAGCGGCAGCAGCAGGCAAAGCAGCAGGGAGGGGGGCCCGAGGGAUACGAGGCGCCAGCGUGGGUAGAUGUGGUAUCCUUUGAGUCGACUCAAAAGGCAGCAGGGCACGCAGGGGCAGCAGGGGUAGCAGCAGGGGCGGGGGGUGAGAGAUACGAGGCGCCAGCAUGGGUAGACGUGGCACUUUAUAAGCAGAUAAAGGCCUUUCAGAAGAGAAUAGCAGCAGGGGUAGGGAUAGGGGCAGGAGCAGGGGCAGGAGCAGCGGGAGUGGCGGCAGGAGGCGUGGGACUGAUUCUGGAUGCAGUGGUGGGGCGAGGGGAGCAGUACACGCGCAUUCAGCAAGCACUGGACGCAGCACCCCCAGCUGUCGAAGCCCCUCGCCCAUACCUCAUCUUCAUCCGAGCAGGGCGGUACCGGGAGCAGGCGGAUGGCUCACUUGACGCAGCCCCAGCCCAAGCCAGUGGGUCCCCUCGCCCAUACAUCAUCUUCAUCCGAGCAGGGCGGUACCGGGAGCAGGUGCGCGUGGGGAGGGAAGGCGUGGUGCUGGUGGGGGAGGGGGCUGACAAGACCGUCAUUACUGGCAACGCCAGUGUUGCUGAUGGCGCAUCCACGUACGGCUCUGCCACUGUAGGCCGAUUCAUGGCAGUGGGGAUCCAAAUAGAGAACACAGCAGGGCCACGUGGCAAGCAGGCAGUGGCUCUCAAGAUCUCCGCCGAUCGCUCUGCCGUCUACGACAGCGCCAUCACGGGCCACCAGGACACGCUCUGUGUGGACGCCGGGCGGCAGUACUACAAGAACUGUUACAUCUCAGGGUUCACAGAUUUCAUCUUUGGGGAUGCGGCCGCGUUGAUCGACCGAUCGACGGUGGAGAUGCGCUCGGGGAAAUCGACGGCUGUGAUCACGGCGUCCGGGAGGGAGAGUAACACCCCCACGGGGAUUGUGAUUCGCGGGUGUAAUGUGACGGCAGGGGAGGGGGUGAAGGAGGGCUCGUUUGGGCGGCCGUGGAAAAAUUGCUCGCGGGUUGUGAUGAUCGACAAUUACCUUCCAAAGGUGAGUGUGCACGGGUGGUGGUGA